AGUGUCAUUGUAAUUUGUCUCACAUUUUUUAACAUGGCGGUGAAUCUUACAGAGCUUUCUCUCCCUCAGUUGGAGGGAUUGAAGACUCAACUUGAGCAGGAGACCGAGUUUUUGACAUCGUCCAUAGGUCAGCUCAAAGUUGUCCAGACGAAAUAUGUAGAAGCAAAGGACAGUUUGAGUGUCCUCAACAAAAACAAUGCAGGAAAAGAACUGCUGGUUCCCCUCACAAGCUCUAUGUACGUUCCUGGAACACUUAAUGAUGUGGAACAUGUCUUAGUGGAUGUUGGGACAGGAUACUACGUUGAAAAGAAUGUCAAUGAUACCAAGGAGUUUUUCAAGCGCAAAAUAGAUUUCCUCACUAAACAAAUGGAGAAGAUUCAGCCUGCUCUGCAGGAGAAACAUGGCAUGAAACAAGCUGUGAUUGAAGUGAUGAAUAUUAAGAUCCAGCAACUUCAGAGUCAACAGGCCUCACAGUCAGGGACAACGAAAGCCUAACCAAAUGAUGAUGAUGACAAUUGAGCUUUCUCACACCUGUCUGCUUGGGUUCUUCAUGAUGGGGGUUUUCAGUUAAUGCCACCAGAUACUGCAUGAAUUGUCAGUGGGUUGAGCUGAGGUAAACCUGUGUGAAAGAAAAUGCAUUCUACAAUCUACAAUGCAGAACCUACAUUUUGACAACAGCAGUGGUAAAGGGCAGCCAAGAUAGUGCUAUUACAAACUCAAUAGAAGUGUAUUUUCUGUUCCAUAGCCAGGUUGCAGAAAUAUAACAUCCUAGCAUCUAUGCCCCUUUUAUGUUCUGUGUAUUGAUUUUGACUAAUAAAAUAGACUUGUUUUCUCUGUCUC